AGUUAUGAUCCUAAUGUUGAAAUAAGUAUAUUAAAAGUGAUAAUUACAAUUUAACUUCUUUGAGAAAUAAUUGAAAAUGAAUGUUUGAACACUGUAAUAUGAAAAAUUAGCGAUUAAAGUAAAAACAACAUGAGACAAACUGAGAUUAUAAUUAUUUUAUUUUGGUACAUAAAAACUCAACAAUUUGUAGUGUCACCAGUAGGGAAAAAAGACAACCUGGAUCAGGAGAUGAGUGUAAACAAAGACAAAUCUGUAAUAAACAGCUUCAACAUGAACCUAAACCCAUCUUCCAACUAGAGUCGGGUCAUGGGGGCAGCAGCCUAAGCAGAGAGGCCCAGACUUCCUCAGCUGAGGGACGUAGUCCCUCCAACGUGUCCUGGGUCUUCCUUGAGGUCUUCUCCCGGUUUGACAUGCCCAGAAGACCUCACCAGAGAGGCGUCCAGGGUGCAUCCUAAAUAGAUGCCCAAGCCACCUCAGCUGGAUCCUCUUGAUGUGGAGGCAGGUCUACUCCGAGCCCCUCCCAGAUGACCGAGCUGCUCACCCUAUCUCUAAGGGAGAGCCCAGACACCCUGUGGAUAAAACUCAUUUUGGCUGCUUCUAUCUGUGAUCUCGUUCUUCUACCCAGAGCUCGUGACCAUAGGUGAGUGUUGGUAACACCGGUAAAUCGAGAUUUUUGCAUUCUGGUUCAGCUCUCUCUUCACCACAACAGAUCAGUACAACACCCGCAUCACUACAGAUGCAGCACCAAUCCUUGUAACGGUCUGCCCUGCUCACUAUCCAUUUCACUUAAUACACUGCAGUUGUCCCAGUUCUGUGUUAACAGGUGGGCGUGUCGGAGAGCCAGCUGUUCCUGAUCUCCCUGAUCAGAGGGCCAGGGGUACUUAAGGAGUGGUGUGACACAACUCCAGUGCCGGUUGAUACUCGCAUCUUGGGUAAACACUAGCCAGUCGCAGUCUAGUUCGAUGUUCAGUUUUAAUCUUGUCUGCCCGUUCCAGUUCAGCUCUGAUCUACUGAGUCCUGAAGGUUCCUGCUCGUCUGUUCUCAGGAAUUACCCACCGCCUGUAGCAAUGAGAAUUGCUCUUAAUCGUGUGUUCCGCCCGGAGUCUAGAGAGUGUAACACCGGAGGGUGAGAGAUAGACACACAUGUCUGAUUAUUGAGUGUUCAAUAAAGGUUUGCCUCGGACGAGGAAAAGUCAACUGAGCAUCUUGUGGAAUUUAUAGAGAGAACAAGAUGAAACAUGGUGUCAGCGGGGUCUAGAGAGAUCCACACCGCGCUCGGAUGAAGAAAGAUUGAGUGGACGGUACCGACGUGUCCAGCUAGGCUAAUUAGCCUCGGAGGUGCUAACGGCUCAGGACAGCAGGUGCACGCUGAUGAGCAGCGAGCAGCGGCGGCUACGAUGGAUGGAUUAAAGCCACCCGCACAGUGGAGCAUGGAUGCAGUGAACCUGUCUAAGGCGUGGAAAACAUGGAAAGAAGAGUUUACACUCUACACGGAACUAGCUCUGCCGGAUGCUGAGGAAAAGGCGAGAGUGAAGCUGUUUUACUAUCUGAUCGGGGAACGGGGCAGAGAGCUCUGUGGCACGCUGAUUGGAGCUGAGGCAAGAGUGGCAAGAGAACAAGAUGAAACACCGCCGUCUGGAGUUGUUCCAACAUCAAGCCGCUCACCGUCCCCCUGGUCUCCGCCGCCCGCCUGUCGUCCUGUCCGCUUCCCAGCCUGCCUAACCACCAGCCUCCGGACCUGCAUCAUAACCUGCCUCGCAACCUGUUUCCUCAUCCCGUCCUGGAUCCUCAUUCUCUGCUGCUUGUCUGUCCCCACCUGGCCCCAAAGACCCAGCUCUGCCUCACCAAGACCGAUCAUCCCCAGUAAGAAUAGCUCUCCAAACAAUUCCAGUUUUGGUUCUCUGGUUCCAGGGUUUCGUUGUCCUAACACCUGUUUGCUUUCCCGUUUUAGAUCUCGGUCCCUCCUGUUCCCGUCUGGAGCAGCGCUUUUAGUUACGCACCAAUCUUAAUAAAUAUUAUUUGUUAUUUACUUACCCUCGUUUCCGUGUGUGGUUCUUUCGUGUCCUGGGUAAAACAUUCCCUACAUGACAAUCCUCCUGUCAAUCCAUAUUUCCUUCACUUGUGAACAAGACCCUGAGAUACUUAAAACUCCUUCACCUGAGGCAGGACCUCGUCCCUGACACGAAGAAGGCAUUCUACCCUUUUCUGAACCAAGUCCACGAUCUCAGAUUUAGAGGAGCUGAUUCUCAUGCCAGUUGCUUCAUCUGAGAUCACGUUCUGAUGAAGCCAACAGGACCACAUCAUCUGCAAAAAGCAAAAACUUGAUCCUCAGGCCACCAAAACGGAUGCCCUCCACACCUUGGCUGCGCCUAGAAAUCCUGUCCAUAAAGGUUAUGAACACAAUCGGUGACAAA